UCCUUCCCUCUCUGCGUGCCUGCAGUCUCCCUCCCUCCCCGAUGGCCGCGUCCCCCGAAGAGCAAGUGGCGUUCCUGCGCUCGCUGCCGUCCGUGCGCGACGGCUGCCAUCGCGUGCUGGCGCUGGGGCUGCAGGACAAGCUGCCGCACUUCUCGGUGGCCAAGGACCAGAUCCCGGCGCUGGCCGACUACGUGCUGGGCGUCAUCCGCCAGUCCUACCCGACGCCCAACGAGGCGAACGUGCCGUUCCACUCGCGCUGGCGCCACUUCGAGACGGGGAAGCCGCAGCGCGUGCAGCAGAUGACGGCGGCCUGGAGCUGCGAUGCACUGGAGAAGGCGCGCCGGCUGCUGGACCUGGCGCUCGUCAGCGUCCUCCUGGACGCCGGCGCUGGACCCACGUGGACCUUCAAGGAACCCGGGUCCGAGGACGUCUACAGCCGCAGCGAGGGGCUGGGCAUCGCCAGCUUCCACAUGUUCCUGGAUGGCAGCUUCUCCGCGCAGCCAGACAAGGACCCGCACAGGGUGGACGCUGCAGCGCUGGCCAAUCUGCCGGACGACGCUAUUGCAAAAGCCUUCCAAGUGAGUGAUAGCAACCCGUUGGUGGGGUGUGCUGGUCGGACGGACCUAUUGAAGCGUCUGGGCAAGAGUAUUGCCAACUACCCGGAGUUCUUUCAGGGGGAGGACGGUUCAAUCCGACCGGGGAACGUGGUGGACUACCUGAAGAAGCACCAGAAUGCAAGCGGCGAGGUGUCCAUUACGCAGCUCUGGAAGGUGGUGCUGUACGGGUUACAGGACAUUUGGCCCGAAAGCCGAACGCGCAUUGGCGGGCAGAACAUGGGCGACGUGUGGGAGUUGUCCUAUUUGCCGGAGCAUGAAAAGGCGGGCAAACUUGUGAGCUUCCACAAGCUUUCCCAGUGGUUGACGUACUCGCUGAUGGAGCCGCUCCAGGAUGCCGGCUUUAAGAUCACGGAUCUCAAGCUGAUGACAGGGCUUCCUGAGUACCGCAACGGAGGGCUCUUGGUGGACUUCGGCGUGCUCGUGCCGAAGUCGCCGAAUAUCCUGACGGACGAGUUUGAUCCGAGCACUGAAGUCAUCAUCGAAUGGCGGGCUCUGACUGUGGCGAUUCUGGAUGAGCUGCACAAGGUCAUUCUUGAACGCCUGAAUUUUACUGCCGACUUCUUUCCACUCGUGAAGAUGCUUGAAGGGGGAAGUUGGAAGGCAGGACGCGUUAUUGCCAAAGAGAAGCGUGCCGAUGGUGGUCCUCCGAUUAAAAUCAAGAGUGACGGCACCGUCUUUUAAUCGAGAAAAUGAUCGCAUAGCUGCCCGUUCUUCGAUUUGGCAUCUGAAGAAAAAACAACUACUGUUGUUGCGUCUUGCUGCAUUAUACUUCGAAGUAAAACUGGGCUAGGCAGCCCAAAUCGGGUUUAUUCGCGCCUCGGUAACUGAAGCCUGUAAAUCGAGGCCGGUAUCGUC